AUGGCAUUAAGGGAAGCAUUGACAUUGCUGUGCUCUCUAGCAGUUGUUUGUUCCUCUGGAAAUCAUGAAAGCUGUGAAUUGAAGCCUGGGUUGUUUGACAGCCUGACCGGGGAUCUAAAGGUGGCAGCAGAAUGUAGUGACGACUCCUCGCUGCAGUGGAGCUCGGAGCAGGCCGCUGAAGUGCUGAUUCACAUGAGGAAUCUGACUGAAAGGCUGCAAAAACGGCAACGGAAAGAAUGCCAGGAGGCUGAGCCAAAGAUGUGCCAGCAGCCCGAGGCGCCCAGUAAUGGAGGCCUGGCGUGUGUGACGGCCUCAAACAAGCGUUACUGCAAACCCAUCUGCGAUUCUGGAUAUGAUUUUAGUUUCCUGAGGAGGAGUCGCUUGUUUGAGGAAUGUGGCGAACAAACUAAUUAUCGAUGGAGCAGCCUAUAUGUAGGAGGGAACAGACUGGCUGUGUGCAAUAAAGCCGCUUUGCAAAUUUCAGGGAGACCAUCUGCAUAUUUUACAAAAGACUGCCUGACGACCAAAAGCAGCAGUGAGCAAUGGAACACAACCAUGGAGGUUCUUCUGAAAGAGCUGAAGGACGAAGGCGUGACAGGAAAUCCCACGUAUCACUGUCUUCUCUGUGGACGGCCCUGAGGAAGACGAACCGAGAGCAGAAUAACAGCUUCAG